CGUAUCUUGGUAUGUGUGAAGCACAUUACAAAUAAAAGGGCUGGGCGUGGGCGUGGGCGUUGUCAUUUUUACAAACACAUAAACACCCCAUUGCCCCCUGCCUCGAUUCUUGAGCCUCUCUUACACCCGCCUUCAACAGAUUGCUUACAUAGCUUCUUGCUAGUUUUGCUGCAGUUUCUGUUGGACAGAAUUUGAGUGAACAUCUUUGUUCUUCCUUGAGACGAAAAUGAGUUUCACUUUGCGGGUAUCUCCUUCUGAGAUUGCACCAACCUGCUCAGACAUUUUGCGAGGCAGGAACAUGAAUUUAAUAGUGUCCAAACCGUUGUUUCGGGCUGGCGACUUCAUUAGAAAAGAAAACAACCUGCCAAUUUAUGAUGAUGCUAGAAAAGUUGUUAUUUCUAGUCGUAUAGUGCCUGGUCAGUUGGAAGGGUCCUUAAUGGGGAAAAAGCAUAUGGCGGGGCCAAGCAGGAAGUUAAAGUAUGUAAGGACAUUGUUGAUUGAUAAUUAUGACAGUUACACAUACAAUGUAUACCAGGAGUUGUCCAUCAUUAAUGGAGUUCCUCCUGUGGUGGUCCGCAACGAUGAAUGGUCAUGGGAUGAGAUUUGCCACUAUCUGUACAAAGAAAGAGCUUUUGAUAAUAUUGUAAUAUCACCAGGUCCUGGAUCUCCAACAUGCCCAGGAGAUAUAGGAGUUUGUCUUAGAUUGCUGCUGGAAUGCAGGGACAUCCCGAUACUGGGCGUUUGCCUUGGACACCAGGCCCUUGGAUAUGUACAUGGGGCUCAAAUUGUUCAUGCAGCCGAACCUGUCCACGGACGGUUAAGUGAAAUUGAGCACAGUGGAUGCACGCUUUUUCAUGGCAUCCCGUCUGGAAGAAAAUCGGGGUUCAAGGUGGUUCGUUAUCAUUCACUUGUCAUAGAUGCAGAAACACUUCCCAAAGAACUCAUACCUAUAGCUUGGUCAUCUUCCACUGGCACACUUCCUUACCUUGGUAACCAAAAUUCUGAUGUUACUGUUGAUGGUUAUAAAAGCCGGCUUAACCAACAACCUUCUGAUAGAUCUGUAUUGGAAGAUUUUAGAAAUGGCGAUUCUUGGCUUUCUGGUGAUGCUGAGGAGACACGUAGCAAGGAAGUCCUGAUGGGUAUCAGACAUCAUACCUGGCCUCAUUACGGUUUGCAGUUUCACCCGGAGAGUGUAGCAACGUCUCACGGGAGGCAAAUUUUUAAAAACUUCAAAAAAAUAACCGAGGAUUACUGGGGCAGUUUAAGUUUGACCACAGUAAGCGAGAGAAAGGUGUACUGUAAUGCAUGCUUGCAGGAUAAAGACAGACAAAGGCUGUUCAAAGACAUACCCAGAUAUACAAAAUUUGUUAAUAAUGCAGAGGAAGCAAUUCAUUUCAACUCAUAUAAUGCAGUGAGUUUCUCAAAUGCCAGCAACGGCAAAAAAUAUUUGAAGCUGAACUGGAGAAAAUUUGAAGGUUUAGCUAGUCAAGUCGGCGGAGCAAGAAACAUUUUUUGUGAAUUAUUUGGGCAACAUAAGGCUGAAAACUCAUUUUGGUUGGACAGUUCCUCAACAGAAAAGAAAAGAGCUCGCUUCUCAUUUAUGGGUGGUAAAGGAGGUCCUCUUUGGAAGCAAGUCACAUUUAGAUUGUUAGAGCAAAGUGAUACGUCAUGUAAACAAGGUGGGUAUCUAUCCACUGAGGAUGCUCAUGGCUCUACUACAAGUACCUAUUUGGAAGACGGAUUCUUUGAUUUCCUGAAUAAGGAGCUCCAAUCAUUUUAUUAUGAAGAAAAAGAUUAUGAAGGGUUACCAUUUGACUUUUAUGGUGGAUAUAUUGGUUACCUUGGGUAUGGCUUAAAAGUUGAAAGUAACAUGUCACUUAAUCGUCACACAGAAGAUGUACCAGCAGCUUGUUUUUUCUUUUCAGAUAGUUUUGUAGUGAUAGAUCAUUGUAAUGAUGAUAUUUAUAUACUGUCGAUACACGAUGGAAGCAACAAAGAUGCACAGUGGUUGGAUGAUGUUGAAAAGAAACUCCUCAGUAUAAAAGAUCACGGAGCAAAUGAUUUGCGGCCUCAGCACUCAGGAUCUGCUCCUUGUCCCCUAGUUCGGCCAGACUUUGUUGCUGAGAAGUCCAGAGAACAGUACAUUGCAGAUGUUGAAAAAUGUCAGGAGUUCAUUAAAGAUGGAGAAAGCUAUGAGUUGUGCCUCACAACACAAAUGAGGAAAAAAAUAGGGGAGAGAGAUUCUCUGGGACUUUACCUUAAUCUUAGAGAAAAAAAUCCAGCCCCAUACUCUGCGUGGCUGAAUUUUUCAUCGGAGAACCUAUCUGUUUGCUGUUCUUCCCCCGAAAGGUUUCUACAAUUAGAUAGACAUGGGGUACUGGAGGCAAAGCCAAUCAAGGGUACGAUUGCUCGUAGUGCAACACCCGAAGAGGAUGAGCUCCUUAAAUUGCAAUUGCAGUACAGUGAAAAGGAUCAGGCAGAAAAUUUGAUGAUCGUUGAUCUUUUAAGGAAUGAUCUUGGCCGUGUUUGUGAACCUGGCUCUGUUUGCGUUCCACGUCUCAUGGAAGUGGAGUCAUAUGCCACAGUUCACACUAUGGUGAGUACGAUCAGAGGAAAAAAGCGAUCAAGUGUAAGUGCAGUUGAUUGUGUGAAAGCAGCAUUUCCCGGUGGUUCAAUGACAGGUGCACCAAAGUUGAGAUCGAUGGAGCUUUUGGAUUCUCUAGAAAGUUGCACCCGAGGAAUCUACUCAGGUUGCAUAGGAUAUUUUUCAUAUAACCAAACUUUUGAUCUGAACAUUGUUAUAAGAACAGUUGUGAUACACAAGGGUGAAGCUUCUAUUGGAGCAGGGGGCGCAAUUGUAGCUUUGUCAAAUCCGGAAGAGGAAUACAAAGAAAUGCUUCUAAAAGCUAGAGCUCCAGUUAAUGCAGUGAUGGAACAUCACAGGAAUUCAGACAAAAAUUAGUAUGACUAUAUACUUGAAUCAUUUAUCGUUGUUUCCCUCUAUCCGAGCCUCAUCGCUUUUGGGGAAUAGAAAUUUAGAAUCAGAUGUAGCCAAAGCUGCAUUGAUGCUAUUUACCAUUUCUUGUGUUAGUAUUGAUAAUAGCUGUGAUCCUAUUUAUUUAAAGUACUGUAUAAUUUUUCCAAUACCCUGUAUCUUGUUCCAUCUCUGAUUUUUGGUC